UGAUAAAGGCAUCAAGGUCCUCCGGAGACCAUGAGGGAAGGUUAGAUACCACUCUCAUUCACACACGUGUUUUGCGCUGCGAAAAGGCUGCAUCGAUGUAAACAAAUGAUCUACUUGUGGUCUACAAAUUACAAUGAUAAUGAGGGCUGCUCACCGACUAACACGACUUCAGUAUUCUCUUAGCUGGACAUGGAUAGGACAACUCUUCAUAGUCUUACUCCUACGCCCCCUUCUUAAAACAAGCUCCGCAUCCUCGUCACCGCCCCACCCAACCUGCCCGGCCAUAAGUGACUCCCAUCUCUUCAUCUCCAGGUACGCUCAACGCCUCAGUCCUGGUCCUGCAGCCCGGGCACAGUGCUCCACGGACGCCCAGAGCAGAGAAGGCAACCCACUGCUGCGAUAUGACGAGGGGCUGCCCAGCUUCCGGUCCAUCGAGGUCGGCCAUGUUGUGCCCGGCAUCCACAAGAUCGUCGGGGACUUUGAGAAAGGACUGGAGGUUUUGGAGACACAGUACGAAGCUCUUGGUGAUGACAUCUCCUGGUCCAAGGUGUCUGAUCCGUUGGAGCGGCUUGAGGCACCGUUUGAGUACGGCUGGGGCGUGGUCAACCACCUGAAUGCUGUCAAGAACAGCCAAGAGCUCCGAGAGGCUCACCAACAGGUGCAGCCGCUGGUUGUCAAGGCAACCAGUAAGGUGACACAGAGCAAACCUCUCUACCAGGCUAUCAAGAAUUUGAAUGGCUCCGAUGCUAGCCUGGACACUAUCCAGUUAAGGAUAUUGAAAUCGGCAAUACGCCAGGCCAGGCUAGGUGGCGUGGAGUUGACUGGUGUGACUAAAGAACGUUUCAAUGAGAUCAGGCUCAGGCUGGCUACUAUAGCAACGAAGUUCAGCAAUAAUGUAUUGGAUGCAACUAAAGCCUUCAGUCUGACUCUGACAGAGAAGAAGGAUGUUGAUGGACUACCAGUCUCAUUGUUACAGCAGAUGGCGGCUGGCGCUAACCCAGACAAACCAGAUCCAGAGAAUGGCCCGUGGAAGGUGACCCUUGACCUGCCUUGCUUUGAGCCGUUCAUGAAGCACAGUACAAACCGUGAGCUGAGAGAGAAGCUGUACAAAGCCUAUAUCACCAGGGCCUCACAUGGGGACAACGACAAUACCGACAUCAUCCAGGAGAUCAGAACAUUGAGGAAAGAGAAGGCUGAGAUCCUGGGCUAUUCCAACUAUGCUGAGAUGUCACUGUCUACCAAGAUGGCAGCAAACGUUGACAAUGUGUGGUCAUUGAUACACGGACUCAGGGACAAGAGCAAGGAAGCUGCACAAAGAGAUUUAAAACAGCUUCAAGACUUUGCCUCAUCUCAGGGAUUUGACGGCAAGAUCCAACUUUGGGAUGCAGCAUUUUGGAGUGAAAGACAAAGAGAACACUUAUUCAAAUUUAAUGACGAGGAUUUACGGCCCUACUUCCCUUUGCCACACGUCCUGGAAGGAAUGUUCAAACUGACCUCGUUCCUCUUCAAUGUACAAAUCAAGCCUGCAGAUGGCGACGCAGAAACUUGGCAUGAUGACGUCAGAUUUUUCAAUGUACACAAUGAGACAGGAGAACAUAUAGCUUCCUUCUAUCUUGACCCUUACACCCGACCAGCUGAGAAAAGGGGCGGGGCUUGGAUGAAUGUUUGCUUUGGUAAGAGUGAGCUUCUGAAUCGCAAACCCGUCGCCUACCUCGUGUGCAACCAGACUCCACCCCUAAAGGACAAACCAUCCCUUAUGACGUUCCGGGAAGUGGAAACACUGUUCCAUGAGUUUGGUCACGGUCUACAACACAUGUUGACCACGGUCCCGUACGCCGGCGCGGCCGGGAUCAACAACGUGGAAUGGGACGCGGUGGAGUUACCCUCUCAGUUCAUGGAGAAUUGGAUGUAUGAUGCAGGCACCAUGAAGACAGUCAGUGGGCAUUACCAGACUGGGGACAUGCUGCCGGGCGCACUGUUUGAUCAGCUUGUCAAAGCUCGUAAGUACAUGGCCGGCUCUGCCAUGCUGCGACAACUGUACUUCUCUGCCAUGGAUAUAGAACUACACACAAGUACUGAUCAUUGGAUGGAUGUUAUGAGACGAGUAGCUGAUGAAUACACAAUCAUGAAACCACUGCAGGAGGAUAGGUUCCCGUGCGCUUUCCAGCACAUCUUUGCUUCAGGCUAUGCUGCUGGGUACUACUCCUACAAAUGGGCGGAGGUAAUGGCAGCGGAUGCCUUCAGUGCCUUUGAAGAAGUUGGCCUGGAUAACAGGGAGAGUGUAGCCCAAGUUGGAAGAAGAUUCCGAGACACCAUCUUGGCCCUGGGAGGUGGCACUCAUCCACAAGACGUCUUUAAAAAGUUCAGAGGUCGUGACGCCUCACCAGAGCCCCUACUCAAGACGUACGGAUUGGUAUGAACCCAAAGAAAUAUAACUAUGACUAAAGGUAUUGGUUUAUUUAAUACAAGUAGACGUUACUUAUUAUUUCCAAUUGUGCAAUAAUAAAGUAAAGUUGGGCGUAAGUCAUCUUUCAGAUGGCAGCAAGUAUAGGUGAGGGAGAUGUACAUGAGCCAUUGAAAACGUGUAUUUUGUGCACCAGUUUUCACUGGUUGCAAUGAGUAAACCAUUCAGUGCUCCAGUCUCAAGAACCAUUGAGUUUUAAGUAAAUAGGUCUGGGAGCUAUAUACAAGGCAAUAUUAGAAGCUCCCGGAUGUCUGCGCUCACCUAUAGUGCUGAUCCCCGUCAACGACAGUCUGAUAAAUUGAAACUGGAUGGGAACUGUACGCAAUUUUUUUUCUCUUGAUUAACACAGCAGUUUUGUUAAAUUUUACUUUAAUCCAUUAGUCACUGUAGCGCUCGAAACCGUGCCGUGUGUUACUCACUCUUGGGCCGGAAACCGCCUAAGUACUCAAUGACGUUAUGGAUUCUUCAGUGAAUAAACACAAUGUAUUACAAUGUACUACAGUUGCUAAUGGGAUAAACUGAUUGAUACCUGAUCUAAUGAAUGGCCCCCAUCAUUUAGUUCGGGUAUACAGAGCCUGGAGCCGAUUUCACGAAACUUGUCUUAUCUUACGACUCAUCUUAGGACUUAAGACGAGUCCCCGCUCUUAAGAUUGAUCUUAGCUAAGACACGUCCUAAGACCGAUUUCUCUACACCCAUCUUAAGCAAGACGCAUCAAAACUACCAAUUUGAUAGCUGCUUCAUGUUUCAACAGUCGUUGAAAAGAAACCUGAAAAACCAACUUCCCGCACGCAUAUAACACAAACUUUCCCCAGAAAAAUUAAAAUUCACAUGCAAGGUAGUUCUACACAAGAUACAAUGGAGUCAUUCUUGCUCCCAUUUCAUCACUCUAUAUUAAAAAGUCGACUACCGGUAGGUGUUGGCAUAUAAUUAUAUUUUGUAAAUAAGCUAUUUUUAUUAACACUACUCACAUAUUAAAAAUCUUUUCAAAUCUGUUUCUACAGCGGUUUUCUUCCUCAAAACUACAUGUAUAACUGUAGGCUGAUACUCGUCAUUAACGAGAAGACACUGCAUUGAUUUCCAGACGAUAUACAAAAUAACGCAGGCAUUAAUGAGAUAAGACGAACCUCAGACCGAUCUUAAGUUAAGACGAGUUCAGCCGCGUUGCUAAGGAAGUUAGGACAUGUUUGAACGCGUCUUAAGUUUAGUGACAUUGAUCCUAGGAUGAGUCGCGAGUUAAGACGAGCAAGACUUCCUAAGACAUAUCUCAGCGUUUCGUGAAAUCGGCCCGGUUAUUUGUCCCAGCCCUUAUGUUAUUCCAUGUACAUGUAUCAAAUCUGUUAAUCAGUGAAAAACGUAAUAGUCAAUUUUUCAAACAGCAAAUGUCAUUUGUUAAUAGAACAAAAAGCAGAAAGGCACAAGAAAAAUUUAUUGUAAUUUUCUCAAUCAGUUUAUUUAACGAUUUUUGUAAACAACAGUGAAUUUUUCAAUUAAAAGAAUUCUCAAAAACUGACAACA